CAAGGCUCUUUCCUCAGUCCCUUGAAUCCUCAUCAUUUCAUUGAAAGGCUCCGUGAGCCGAACAUGCGAGAGGAGGCUGCUCUCAGAUCCCGUCACCCGAGACCCUUCGCUUCUCUUUCUUUCUGACCUCUCUUCCUCUCCAGUUUUCUCUCAUCUGUGUCAACGCAGACUCCUUUCUGGGCUGGUGGGGAGAUCUAUUACUUCCAAGCAAUGGCCAGUUCACCAACGGCGUUUUGGGAAUUACCUGAACGAGAAUGAAUAGCAGCUGUCUCUUACGAAGCUUGGCAUGGGAUGUUAAUAUUCUUUGAAACUAUUCGGGGAAAAAAAGAUGGUCUCUCUCUCUCUGGGUUGCAAAGACACGGUUAUGUGAGAAGCGAAUGCUGCGAGUAUUCACCAUGUUGCUGAAGCGCUUGUGCCCAAUGCCUGUCAGUAGAUUUGGACGAGCUGCUGGGUGCCACGCCUGGAUACUCCUCGCUGUCUUUCACCUAGUCAUGGAUUUUUCUUCUUGUGAAUCAAAGAUCCGGGGUCAGGUUCUCAGUCAAUCUUCAGGGUCGCUGCACCCAUCGCCGCGACACAGACCUGCCACCGAUCCUCUUUGGGAGUACAAAAGCAGUCGCCACGGGAGAAUUUCAAAAUCUUGGUGGCACAGAAUGUUUUGGCCUGAGACUCAUCCUGGAAGACAAAUCCCAAACAAGCCAACAGGGAUUCACAAACACAAGACAUUGACAGGUAGCCUGUGCAUUAACUGUCAGUCCAAACAAUCUGUGUCUCACAAAUUGGACCCUCCAGUCUCCGUGGAGACCAGGGAUUCGGUAAAAUUAAUCUCUUUGAAAAGGGCGAGAAGGCAGAGUGAUAACUUUGCAUUUGAUAAUUUUGAAAAACCCAAAUGCACUUCCUAUGACAGUGAAGGAAUAGCGACUGUGAUGCCUUGUGCUAUUGAAUGGGGUCCCACAAAAGAGGAGCUCACAGAAUUCAACAUGUUUUCAACUCCAGCAAGUCUUUCCACUACAAUGUUGACCUUGUUGUCCUCCACCAGAACUACAACUGCCAGAACUACAACCACCACCACAGCCAGCACCACUACCACCACUAUGCAAACCACUACAGCCUCACUCAGGAGCCAUAAGAUAGUGGUGCCAGACCCAGCUCUGCUCAGCACAACAGAGCCAAGCCUUAAGUGGGAGCUGACCAACACAGCCCGGCCCUCCCGCAUCGGAGAGACAGGAGGUUUGGCCGUUCAUCAGAUCAUUACCAUCACAGUCUCCCUCAUCAUGAUUGUUGCUGCUUUGAUAACAACUCUGGUUUUAAAAAACUGCUGUGCACAAAGUGGGAAUGGCCGCCGAAACAGCCACCAACGAAAGAUCAACCAACAAGAAGAAAGUUGCCAAAAUCUCACCGAUUUUACAGCAGCCCGAGUGCCAAGCAAUCUGGACAUAUUCACUGCUUACAACGAGACCCUGCAGUGCUCCCACGAAUGUGUUCGGGCAUCAAUGCCAGUCUAUACUGACCAAGGCCUGCACCAGACCACAGUCUACAAAACCACAUUCAAUGGAAACCGAACACCCCCAUCUGAACGGCAGCUAAUCCCAGUGCCCUUCGUAUCGGAGAAAUGGUUUGAAAUCUCCUGCUGACUGGCCGAAGGCUCUUACUCCUGGGGCGGGCAGACGUCACCUUUCUAAUUCUUGGAUUCCACUGGUGAAUCUGUAAAACACACGGAUGUCGACUUUUUUUUGCACACCCGUAGGACCGGGAACGAAGAGAGUCUUGUUUAUUUUUGUAAGUGCGGAUGCCAAUAAAAUAACAUUAUUUUACGACGAAGAAAGUAUGGAAGAAGUCUUGAAGAAUUAACCGUUUGCCAGAAUUGGAAUGGCGUGCAAUGUCGAUUGAGGAGAACUACACAGCAGCCAAAUUCCGAUAGGACAGAUAACCCUUCAGAAAUGUCUAUGGUGGAGAUAUAAUCUCAUGAACUAGGAUCCACUACCAACAGUGCCAUUAGAUGCCACGUACUUAGAGACUGCAGGCUGGUACGAUCCACUAACAGUACUUAACUCUUUGAGAAGCAUUUAAUAUUUUUUGUCCGGGAGAAAUAAUAUCUCUUCUUUAUGUAAAUGGGACCCUACUCAGAAACGAUAUUUCCUAAAGUGGUGUUUGUUGCUAAAAUUAAGUCUUGAGGCAGUGAUGAGAAAUUUGAAUUCAGUAUAUUCCAAUUAAAGCAGAGUGUAUAUCGUGUUUAGCAGAGUUAAUAUUUUUACUCUUCAUAUUCUUGAUUUAUUUUCUAAUCCCCUUUAAGUCCUAGGUUGUUUUCCCAAAGCAUUUGACGUGAGGUUGAGAAUCUAUCCAACCCUGAGAGAAUGUACCAGGGUGACUUUUCCCUAUUCCUGUAGGAUGCUGUCCAGCUCCUUCCACUGGAGAAGCUGAUAGCCUUUGAAUUUACAAGGGGCUUUGUCCAGCACAGUAUCCAGAGUGGAGGCAGAUCAUCUGAUAAAGACAUGAUGGAGGAACAUUGCUAUGGUGAUGGACAUACAUAUUGACGGCAUUGCAGACAGCGAGGCCAUUCUGUCACUUGUGGUCCCCAAAUUAUAGGUGAAAACUAUGACAACAAAUAUAUUUCCAUUCCCUGGAAGAGAACAUAAUUGCUAUCAAAAUAUGAAGCUAAGAGUCUGUUAAAUCUAGUUUUCUGAUUGGCUUUUGGUGGGAAAUGGAGUCUAAAAUGCAGAAACUGUCAGCCACUCCAUAACUCAUGCUAUUAAACACGCUGUACACUCAGGAGGACUUACUGAUGGUUUCUCACACUUCAUUGCUGUUUUUACCAAGUUAUAAAAUGGCAGAGAGAAUUUUAACCCUCUGAGGAGCAAAGGACUUUUUAAGUUUCUACAGAUGUUUUCUGUCACUUUUUUUUUCUUAAAAUUGUAUUGUGCAAAUACUUCGAGCUAUGGAACACAGAUCAAGGCAUCAAGCGUGAAGGACAAAGAUCUGUGUGUGGCCUACGAAGACUGAAUAACUUGCGCUUUGCAUUGUUUUGUUGUACAUCGAUGCUGUUACUGUCUUGAAAAUGGUUCAUAACCAUGACAACUGUGGGGUUUUCUUUCAGAUUACACGAAUAUCUCAUUAUAAACUAUACUGUGUGAUAAGUUUUCAUUCAGCAACAGAUGAUUUCUAUGAAAGAAUAAGUGAACUUUAACCAUGGGUUCAUGAGAGGAAAGCACUGCUUCUAAAUGGUUUCUUGUUUAAUGUUGAAAGAUAACUCUUCCUUUUGAAGUUACUUUUGACCUGGUGACCAGGAGGAGUGAAGUCUACAGGCGUGAGCAAUUUUGUUCAGCCCUUUUCCUCAGUCCAAUUUUCUCUCUCCUGCUCUGACUUCCAAAGACUCAUGUCAAACAUCUGUCUCCUCCCAAAUCUCACCCAAGUGCCCAUGUUUCACAUAUGAGCAGGGCCAGUCAGAUGUUGUCCAUGUUUAUACUUUCACUGCAGGGCCACUGAUGGAAGGAAGGAACAUUAGGUAAUAUUUUUGCCCCCUCCUUUACCCAGGGGAUGCUGUGGCUAGUGUAUGGGUAGUGUAAGUUUGUAGAAGCUUAGGUCUUUGAACAUUUCAAAACUCAGAUUGUUGGAUUUUUGGAUGUGAAAUGUUAACACCAUUAGAUACUAUAGGGAAUUCAAUCUUACAUAAAACCUAUCAGCAGUUGCCCUAACUUUUCCUCGCUAACCUGCUACCAGAGUCAAACACAAAUGGGGCACUGUCUCCAGUUGUAGACUGAAUUCUCAAGUAGAUGCAAUGUUAAUACAAAGAGUUAAGUUUGAAGCAGAGCUCAGACAGGCACCCAAUGAGAGAAAAGUUAAUUGGGGUUUAAACCUUAAACCUACCCUGAUCCCUUCAGUCAGUUCAGGUAACAGUGACUCUCUUUCAGGUGCUGAUAUGAACUGUACAGAUCACCUACAAAGUCUUACUCACACACUAACGUGAUUUGCAGGCUCAAAAAAAGCCUAGAGGAGAAAUUUAUCUUUAUCCACUCAUACUGAUUUAGGUUGUCACAUGACCUUAGAUCUAGCUCCAAAACACAAAUUUCUCCCCCACUGAGUCUAGUCACUGUAUUGUCCACAAGAAUGAAGUUAGCUAUGCACAGACUGAGAUAUGAAGCUUGGGUUAUGAAGGAUGAGAUUCAGCCACUUCCAUGGAUCAACUGGCUGAGGGAAAAUUCCAGUUAACACCCAAAAAAAACAAGAGUUUCUUCCCAAAAUAAUAUUAUCCCAAGCACAAGUCUAUAAAAUCAUCCACACCCGUUUGGAAUAAAAAAGCUUGAAAAUUCAUUUUAUGUUGUUCUACCCUGGUCUUGGAUUUGUUUUUAAUGAGAAAGACAACACAAAUAGAGCUCCUGAGGUGAUUAAUCAUUUGCCAUCCCAGUGAGUUGACUAGCUGUGAGAGAAAUUAUUGCAUGUUUUGAGCUUGGAACUCAGAUAAAUCUACUUAAUGAAAUUAAAUUUGUGCUUUUUAUUGUUAAAAGACCAAGACAAACAAACAAAUAAGCGCACACACACACACACACACACACACACACACACACACACACUCACUCACUCACACACGAGGGAACUAUUACUGAGAUAGAACGCUUGUGUAUUGGCUUCAUGUAGUCACAGAACACAAUGUUAUACCCAAACCAUUUUCUGUUGCACUCCUUUUAACCAAUGUCUUUCCACCUCUUUGCCAUAAAAUUUGUCGAUGCCAUUGAGUCAGAUGUUCCUAAAGAUUUAUAGAUUUGAAAUAUCUUCCCUGUCACUCUUCCCAAUUGCCAUAGCCUUUCCUCGGUAAAAUAUUUUGCACCAGAGAAUGCCAAAGAUGGAAGCAUGGUUUCUGCAGAAAUAUGCACCACUGUUUUUGUUUUGAAGUACAUUGGUGGUUGAGCAGAGCCUACAGUUGAGCACACCAGCAUGACCAAUAAAAGCAGGCAGGAGACUGAGUCUUUACAACAACAUCAAGCUUGGAGUUUGGAUGCCCAAAGCCUAAGUUGAUGGGAAAGUCUGAAUGUAGAAGCCUCAAUACAGAUGCUGCUGGGGCCUGCUUCGUGUCAAUAGGACUUUAAUAAAGAUUACAAAGCUAACUGAACCAACUUCUUUUCCAUUUUACCAUAUACAUUCAUUAAGAUGUUGGCUAUUAUUGAAUGAUUUCUUUAUGCAGAAGGAAAGCACCAUGCUUUUAAAUUAUCUUUGACUUGUUGGUUUCAAUAUUUUUUCCUCAUCUUUUUACCCUCUUUGACUAUCACCUUCCAGUUUCACUUCCUUGACAUAUUUGGGUUCCCCAGUACAAGGACCCAAGAGAGACGUCUUCCAUCAAUGUCAAUGUAUUUACUCAACUCUUAGAAAAAAACAUUGUAGAUGUUCAUCAUCACUCUUGGGUGAUAAUUGAGUGAAUUUUCUUUGCAAAGCAGUCUGUAGUUUUAUAAAAGGAUGUAUAAACUCCUCCCUCACCUAUAAAACUUAAUCCCAGUUAAAGAGGAUAAUGUAAUCCAAUAUUUUAAACCCAAGGAUAUUUGUGAGAGAAAGGGAGCAAAAUGAUCAAACAAAACUAGAAGAAAUAUGAUUCCAGUGUUAGGAAGAACAUUGAACUUCGAUCACCUUUAUUCGACUUGCUCCAUGCAAAUCAAUGUGCUAAUUAUCAAAUCUACAUAGGAAUUACUUUGUUAAUCCAAAAGAACCCAUUUCAACCCUCUGUGUCUCCACAACAAUCCAAUCAGUGGUAUCUACAGAUGGCCAUUUUGAUUUUAGUGUGGGAAGCAGAGAACUAAGUUAUACAAUGUCUUCCUUAUAUUUAUUUUAAAUAGAUUUUGAAAGAGAAAUCUGCAACCCAUAGGGUUUUAUGUUUAGUACUGAGUUGGAUGGACCCUGGAACCUUUGCCAAUUACAGUGCAUGGUUGGUGAUCACCUUCACUCCACCAGAACAACCCAGAACGAAAGUAAAAAACUACCCUCAUAAAUGUGAUCAGAAAAUUGAAGGUCAAACUUUUCUAUUUGUUGCUUAUCUACAUAGUACUGCAGAUGUGUACACAUCUGACAUACAGACCUCUCUCAUACUCUCAACACAGAAGCAGCUACUUGACACAAUACUAAUAGAGGGAGUGCUGCACAUUGGUUGGUCCAUUACACACAGAACUCUCCCACACAUUGGGCAUCCAGUCCACAUGGUUGGUCAUCCCACUGGGGAGCCCCUGAGACUGCUGGAAAGUACUGUACAGAGGUGGUGUUAAUCUUGAGAAUUGCCCAGACUGGACGGUUUAACAGGGAUGGGUGUUCCACUGGAUAGUCCUUCUGAAUGAGAUGCACGUCGAAGAGGGAAAUGCCCCAGGCUGGGGAGUGUGCUGUUGGGUAGUGUGUGUUAAGUUGGGGAAUCUCAUUAGACCAGGAUGAAUGUUACCAGAUUAAAACCAUAGGGGGACAGGGUCCAAAUCAUGCAAGAUAUUUUGCAGAGUGAACUUCAUAGGAUCAUAGAUAGUAAACUGAGUAAGAUUCCAAGAAUUACACAUCUUGGUAAUGAUAAGCAAUGUGUGCAACCUGCUAAGUACUGAGGAGAAUAUGAGACUUUUGUUCAUAAACGUCAUCCGUUUGUAGAACUGUCAGCAAGUGUUCAUAAUGUGGACUGAAAUGGGUUCUGAAAAUCUCCAUAGUAACAAUAAUUUGAACAAUGUCAGUGUGGUUUAAUUGCUUUGGCAGUAAAUACUGAUUGACAUUUUGUAUUAACCAGAGAAAACAAUACUUUUUCAAAAUUGUGUUUAACACGGUUUUACACUCUCACUGAAUACCUCUCCUGCAUUUUAAAAAUGUAAUGUGUUAUGCUAAAAGCAGUUUAAAAUAUUGUGUCAGUUAAAUAAUACUUGUUUUAUCCUUUUGGCUCACAAAAGGUUAAAUUCUUAGCGUAAAAUCUGGUCUAUACGCUGCACUUCAAACUGGCUUUACGUCUGCGAAAAGCAACAGUGACUUGUACAUCAAGACAAUUUUUAAAUAUAUUUUACUUAAAUGCAAAGCAGUAAACUAUAAGGUUAGAGAUUAAUGACAGUAAUGUUCUCAAUAUACUUGUGUCAGAUUGCUUUCUUUGGUAUUUCAAAAGCAGGCACUAUCACAUCUUAAACACGCUCAAGUCAAAUUCCUCGCUUCACUACAUUAACAGCUUCCUUUAAUAUGACAUGGUGAGGAGCCACGGUACAAACCACCACAAUGCUUGUAGAAUAAAGGCAAACAAUCUCUACCUUAUAGGAAGUAUCUUUUAUAAAUCUGCGACAUAUAGUCCGUAUUGUACGCUAAGUUUUGAAGAGGAAGAAAACCUUUUGCUGUCACCAACUUUUCUAUUGAAAUGAGUGGUACUUUCUGGAGAGAGAGAGAGAAUAUAUAUAUAAAUAAUAUAUAUCCAUCUUCCAGUGAGAGCAAAGGUGCAUUUUUUCCUUAAGGAAACAGUUUCAUUGGGGGAUGGUUUCUAUUUUGUCACUGCUGUAAUUCUGAACUGUGUGUUUGAAUGCACUGUAAACACAACCUGUACCAAUUCUCUUGUGUAAGUUUAGUACUCUGAUGUUGCUAUUAAACCUGUUUAACAACA